AUGGUUUGUUUACAGGAUGAACUCGCAAAUGCACUAGAGAAGGUCAAUCUCGGUGUUGAACCCGCUGUCUGUGACAGAGAUACUCAAAUAGAAGGCGAUGUUGUUGUCAGAGCACGAGGUCUACCAUGGCAAGCGUCAGACUGUCAUGUAGCACAAUUUUUUGCUGGUUUGGAAAUUGCACCAGGUGGCAUAGCGCUCUGCCUCUCAGCCGAAGGUAGACGUAAUGGUGAAGCAUUGGUACGGUUCAAGACUCCAGAAAUGCGAGAAUUAGCACUAAAACGGCAUCGGCACUUUUUGCUGUCGAGGUAUAUCGAAGUGUACAAAGCAACCGCGGAGGAAUUUCUGCAUGUAGCUGCCGGAUCGUCCUCAGAGGCGGUGAAUUUCGUGUCCACGGGUGCAGCAAUGAUCGUACGCAUGCGUGGUUUACCGUAUGAUUGCUCCGAGCAACAAAUUCGCGAUUUUUUUGCUCGGGAGCCGGAUAGUUGUGAAAUGAUGGAAAAUGUGCUGUUCGUUACAAGAAGCGAUGGUCGACCAACCGGUGACGCAUUUGUGCAAUUUGCCGAUGAAGAACAAGGCCAGCGUGCUCUAUCAAAACAUCGUCAAACGAUCGGAAAUCGAUACAUCGAACUGUUUCGCAGUACAAGUGCUGAGGUGCAACAGGUAGUGAAACGUUCCACAGAGCCGUCAGCGGCUAAUGGUACACGUCGUGAUUGCGUACGUCUUCGUGGAUUACCGUAUGAGGCUAGAGUCGAGCAUGUGGUGGAGUUCCUCGGCGAACACGCUCGUUUCAUACAGUUCCAGGGUGUGCAUAUGGUUUUCAAUAGUCAAGGACAUCCAUCCGGUGAAGCAUUUAUCCAGAUGAACAGUGAACAAGCUGCGGCUGGUGCUGCUGCCGCUGCCCAUAACAAGUUUAUGGUGAUCGGAAAGAAACAGAGGUAUAUUGAGGUCUUCCAAUGCUCUCCCGAUGAUAUGCAUUUGGUAAUGGCACCUACAGCUCCAGCGCCGGUGCCACCACCUCCACAGCUUAUGCUGCCACAGAGACCAGCUUUUGUGCCAACUCUUGUUCCAAUGUCGGCGCCAAUGUUUUGGCCAUAUCCAUCGCCUCCAGUAUCGCCUAAUAUGGUCAUACCUGGGCAGGUGAAUCAGCUGGUGGUCUAUGGCAUCGGCCCGAAUGUUGGCCUACCGGACAUCAUCGCCCAUUUCCAAACACCCGAUGUGGUCGUGGAGAAUGUGAUGUUUACACGCGUUGCUCAGGAAAAAAUGCAACCCAAACCUCUAAACAUAUCUAGAAAAGCGUGA